UAGCACUGAUUGUGUAACAACCAGUGAGCUGCGGACCAAACAAAAAGGACUUUCAGAAUACAGUCGUUAGAUUAACAACUUCGAGACAACUACCAGAUCAUAAUGUCAGACAAUCAAUCAUCUACACCCUCAAACAACUCUGUAUGCCCUGGAUGCCAGGGUGAAGGGUCCCUCCUGCUACCCUGCGGGCACCGUCUGUGCCAGGCUUGUCUUCAAUUGUGCCAGCAUGAGCUCGGACAAGACCAGCUGGGCUGUACGGAGUGCUAUGGGCGCGAGUUCCUUGACAGCGUUCUGAAGGGGCUGCUCGACUCGCUGUUCAAAGGGCAGCCUCGUCGGGCGGGAAAUGGAGAGGAGGGUAGAGGGUCAGCAGAGGAUGGAGAUUUGUGCAGACAGCACGGAGAGAGACUCACUCUGUACUGUAUGGAGGAUGAGGAACUGAUCUGUGAUCAGUGUCAAGGAGAGAAACAUGAAGAUCACGACUGUAGCUCCAUAGAAGAGGCAACACAAGAGUGUAAGAGGGAGCUGAGAGCAGCUCUAAGACCUCAGCAAGAGAAACUGGAGACAUUAAACACGGCCAAGCAAACCUGCCAGGAAACUUCAGAACAUAUGAGGAGACAAGCACAGAACACAAUACGUAUGAUAAAGGAGAACUUUGAAAAACUCCAUCAGUUUCUUCAUGAUGAGGAGAUCUCCAUGCUGAGAGCUCUGAAGGAGGAAGAGGAGCAGAAGAGCCAGAUGAUUAAGGAGAAAAUGGACAGAUUAACAGAGGAGAUUACAACAUUAAAAGAGGCCAUUCGUUCAACAGAGGAGGCCAUGGGCGACGAUGAUAUGCCAUUUUUAAGGAACUACAAGAAGACAUCAGAACAAAUGGAGUGCGCUGUGCAGGAUCCUGGAGAUAUCUCAGGAGCUUUGAUUGAUGUGGCCAAACACAUUGGCUGCCUCAAGUUCAGAGUUUGGGAGAAGAUGCAGGCCAUUGUCACAUACACUCCGGUGAUCCUUGACCCCAACACGGCAGACGUCUGCGUCUCUCUGUCUGAUGAGCUCACCACCAUCCGCUACAGUGAAGAAGACCAACAGGUCCCAGACAACCCGGAACGCUUCUGCUACUACGAAUGUGUCCUGGGCUCCGAGGGUUUCAGCUCAGGUCGCCACAGCUGGGACGUUGAGGUUGGAGACUGCAGCGAAUGGGCACUGGGAGUGGUGAGAGAAUCCGUGCAGCGUAAAGAGUGGUUCCCGCCAAGCCCUGAUCGCGGCAUGUGGACCAUCUGCCUGCACAGAGGCGAGUAUCGUGCUCGGACGCCAAUCAGCGCUCCUCUAACCUUUAAGAAGAAACCUCAGAAGGUACGAGUUCAGCUCGACUUGGAAGGCGGACGAGUAAUUUUUUCUGAUGCCAGCGAUAAUGCCCUGCUCUACAAAUAUAAGCAAAAGUUUACGGAAAAGAUGUUUCCUUAUUUUUCCAAUACAUGCAAAAGGCAUCCGUUGCGUAUCUUAGCAGAGAAGGUGUCUGUGUACACGGAGUAACUCGGAGAAGCUCAUUUCGUUGAGAUGGACAAAUUGAACUGGUGCAAGAAUUAAUUACAAAGACAUGUCGGAAAUUUGCUCUAAGAAGAAACUGAGACAUUAUGAUAUGGUCACAGUUAAAGGGUAAAUACUGAUAUAUCUCAAAUUAGUUAUGUAGUAGGGUGGUAUAGCCUGUGGUCUGGGUAGGUAACCGAAAGGUUGUUAGUUCAAUCCCUACAAGAUGUCACCUUUAAAAACCGGCAUAAUGGCCAAAAAUCUAAACCGCUGCUUAAACAAUUUAUAACCUUACCCUGAGAAGGGAAAAAUAUUUAAAGUGUUUCUAAGACCACACACGUUGUUGGCGUUCCUUUAGUAAAAAGCAACUCAAUAUCACCACUUUGUGGGCUAUUAACAUAAUGUCACUAAAAACACAGGCACGUGACAUGCGUUGAGUGAAACAAAACUGUACUACAUUUUAUUGUUCGUAAAAAUGACCUGAUAAAAAGUAUUGUUUGAAUGUUGUUCAAUGUUAAAAUGUUGUCUUUAAUAAAAAAUAAAUGCUGUACUAAAAUAUAACAACGUUUUAAUGUACUUGGACUACAAAAUACAAAUGAAAAUCCAAAUUCCUGAAACAAAGAAGGUGCCGUUAAAAGAUUUUUAGAAUUUUUUCAUAAGCUGUGUAUCAAAUGGCAAAAAUAUAUAUGGCAAGAUAUUGAUCAAUCCAGACCUUAUGUAAGCAAGCUAUGAACAAAGUAUGAAUCUGUGCAGCAACAGCUCUGUCUGAUUAGACACAAACUGACCAUUAUAUUGUAUUCCUAAUUUGUAAGUUACUUUGGAUAAAAGUCAUCUAAAGAAUGUAUAUCUGAAAUAGAUGCAAGCAACCAAAUGUCUGCCCAUUUAAGUAUUUAUUUUAAUUAGUACCUGGUACAAAUUAACAGGCAGAACCCAACUACAAGAUAAUCUGUAUAUUUUUGUUUCUAUCUUUGUAAAUGUUUAUAUAUAUUUUUUAUGUUCUGUUUGUAUAUGUUUUUUAUUGGUUGAGCAGUUAAAAUGUAUAUAUUUUCUCAUUUUCGUUAUGCAUUAUAUACAGUAUAUGCAUAAUGUACACUGCCUGUAAAUAAUUUGCCGUUUGGAUUUAAAUAAUGGUUAUGAUCUGGGUUUCUUCAAUUGGUCAAG